AUGUCUUCUUCAAAAGACAUUAUAAAAGAUGAUGUGGUAUCAUCAAGUGAUACACCAUAUCAAUCAAAUCAAUCAGAUACUACUCCAAAACAAUCAAUUGGUUCAAGUUUUAUAAAUUCUUUUAAAAGAUUAGAAUUUGAUGAAUCUUUACUUACACCAGAUAUGACUGAAGCUGAAAAAAUUGAAGUUAGAUUAGCUCAUACUCCAUUACAAAGAUCUUUAAAACAAAGACAUUUACAAAUGAUUUCAAUUGGUUCUUCAGUGGGGACUGGUCUUUUCGUUGGUUCAGGUUCUGCUUUAAGAACUGGUGGUGCUGCUUCUUUACCAAUUGCUUGGUCAAUUGUUGGUACUUUCCUUUUCGCUGUUAUUCAUGCUUUAGGUGAAUUAGCUGUUACUUAUCCAACUCCUGGUGCUUUUUCUGCUUAUGCUACAAAAUUUAUUGAUCCUUCAUGGGGUUUUGCUAUGGGUUGGAAUUAUGUUUUCUUAUGGUUAGUUGUUCUUCCUUUAGAAGUUAUUGCUGCUUCUUUAACAAUUCAAUUUUGGAAUGAAUCAAUUAAUCCUGUGGCAUGGGUUGUUAUAUUUUAUGUUUUAAUUAUGACAAUUAAUUUAUUUGGUGUAAAAGGUUAUGGUGAAGCUGAAUUUAUAUUUUCAUUAAUUAAAGUUGUGGCAAUUAUUGGAUUUUUAAUCCUUGGUAUUGUAUUAGUUUGUGGUGGUGGACCUUCAGGUGGAUUUGUUGGUGGUAAAUAUUAUCAUGAUCCAGGUGCAUUCACUCAUGGAUUUAAAGGGUUUUGUUCCGUCUUGGUUGUUGCUUCAUAUGCCCUUGGUGGUUCUGAAUUAAUUGGUGUUACAGCUGCUGAAACUAAAAAUCCAAGAAAAUCUUUACCAAGUGCUAUUAAACAAGUUUUCUGGAGAUUAAUGUUAUUUUACUUAGGUGGGUUAACUCUAGUCUCUUUAUUAGUUAAGGCAACUGAUAAAAGAUUAUUAAGUAGUUCAUCUGCAGAUGCUUCAGCUUCUCCAUUUGUUAUUGCUAUCAAAAAUGGUGGUAUUAAAGGUUUACCAUCAGUUAUGAAUGUUGUUAUCUUAAUUUCUGUUCUUUCUGUGGGUAAUUCAGCUGUUUAUGGUUGUUCAAGAACUUUAACUUCAUUAGCUGCUCAAGGUUUAGCACCAAGUAUUUUUGGAUAUAUUGAUCGUAUGGGUCGUCCAAUCUUUGGUAUUGCAUUAAAUGGUAUUUCUGGUUUAUUAUGUUUUAUUGUGGCAAAUAGAAAAAUUCAAAAUGAAGUUUUCACUUGGUUAUUAGCUAUUUGUGGGUUAUGUAUUAUUUUCACUUGGUUAACAAUUUCAAUUUGUCAUGUUCGUUUUAGAUUAGCUAUGAAAGCUCAAGGUCGUUCAUUAAGAGAUUUAGCAUUCACUUCACAUGCUGGAUUUUGGGGUUCAGUUUAUGCAAUUGUCUUGAUGAUUUUAGUCUUGAUUGCACAAUUUUGGAUUUCAUUAUUCCCAAUUGGUGGUCAACCAAAUGCAAGAGCUUUUUUCGAAAAUUAUAUUGGAUUCCCAGUGUUUUUUGCAUUGUAUUUUGGUAGAAAAUUAUGGACAAGAAAAUUUUGGGAAUUUACUCCAUUAAAUCAAAUAAAUUUAGAUUCUGGUAGAAAAGAUGUUGAUACUGAUUUAUUAAGACAAGAAUUAGAUGAAGAAAAAGAAUAUAUUAAAUCAAGACCAUUUUGGUAUAGAACUUAUAGAUUCUGGUGUUGA